GAGCAGAAUCCCCGCGGGGAUGUAGACAGAUCGGCCUUCCACCAUCCAGACUCACGGACUCGAAUCAUCGUCGGCUGUUUCAAGUGGAUGCUGCGAUAUCAACCUGAGCUUUCGCAAAGAGGCCCACGGCUAGUUUACACCCCACUUCGGGACUCCUCACACGUCUUUGGCCUUCGCAAUGGGACUCUUCGCUAACGUGUCUGAGCACCGAGAGCUGCUGGUUUGCGCUCUUCUAGGCCUGUUCGUCAUCAAGAAGCUGGUCGUCUACUCCAAGCUUCGUCAGUUUGGUGGCCCUCGUUGGACUGGCUUCAGUGAUUGGCCUCAUAGCUGGGCGAUGCUGCAAGACCGUUGCCAUGAGCUGUAUGAGCAAGCUAAUCUGAAACAUGGUCCCAUUGCGCGAGUAGCACCGAACAUCCUGAUUACGUCUUCUCCCGACCUUUGGAUCCAUGUCAACAACAAGCCCGGAUAUAAGCGCUCCGACUGGUACUAUAAUGCGUGCCGCAUCGAAUAUCGGAGGGACAAUGUCUUUAGCCAGACAGAUAACCAAAAGCACGAGCAGCGAAGGAAACAGAUGGCCCCAGGGUACUCCGGGAGAGAAAACCCACAUCUCGAAAGUUCCGUUGAUGAGCGAGUCCAAGAAUUUUUAGACCUUAUCCGCAACAAGUAUCUUUCAUCGGACACUGAAGCCAUCCCAAUGGACGUCGCUCAAAAGGUCCAGUACUUAACAUUGGAUAUCAUCAGCGGCAUCGGAUUUGGGAAGCCAUUCGGCAUGGUGCAGAAAGACUCGGAUGUUGACGAGUAUCUCAAAUCAAGCGAGGAGGGUCUAGCUAUUGGCAACAUUGCUCUUGCUCUGGGCUUUAGCUGGCUUGCCCAUGCCCCCAUUAUCGGAAAGUUUAUUGCGCCGUCGCCACAAGACAAUAACGGCUUCGGGAAGAUGAUUGCGGCAUGCUACCGCGCCGUUGACGAGCGUGCAGCUGACCCCACUGAUAAACGAUCCGAUAUGCUAGCCUCCUUCAUCCGUCACGGCAUAUCAGGAGAUGAGCUACGGUCAGAAGCUCUGGAGCAGCUUGUUGCGGGUGCUGACACAACGUCGACUGGUAUUCGUGGAGCCCUCUUGUACAUCAUGACCAAUCCCCGUGUAUAUCAGAAGCUGCAGCAAGAGGUCGACGAUGCUAUCCUAGAGGGCAAGGCUCCAGGUUCUGGCAAGGGCAUCAUUACCCUCACACAAGCUAAGCAACUUCCCUAUCUCCAGGCCGUUAUACGCGAGGCUUUGCGACUAUGGCCACCCGCUGUCAAUAUCUUUUCACGUGACACGCCCCCAGGUGGCGAUACGGUCACCGUCAACGGUGAGAGUAUAUUCCUGCCAGGUGGUGUGUCCAUCGGCUACUCGGCGUACGGGAUGCACCAUAGCAAGGAAGUCUACGGUAAAGACGCGAAGGUCUUCAGGCCUGAGCGGUGGCUGAAAUCUGAUCCAGACAAGCUGGCCGCCAUGAUCCGCACAAACGAAUUGGUCUUUGGGCACGGCAGAUUCCAGUGUUUGGGCAGACCCGUGGCUCAGCUUGAACUAGGAAAGACUAUAUUCGAGCUACUGCGCAAUUUUGAUAUGGCACUUAUCAAUCCGAUCAAACCCUGGGACGCUCGAAAUCAUCUUGGGCUCUUUGCCAUUUCUGACAUGUGGGUACAAAUAAUGGAACGAAAUCGAUAAUUUCUGGGGCCUUGAAGAGAGAAAUUGUGAUCAUUAAUGUUUGUUCUAGUAAUCUUUGAUCUACAGGUAUCGUGUGUUUGGAGCCAGCUGUUGCAAGUGCAAGCUGUUUCCAUGACUCUGUAGGCUUCGGUCUUAUCUCCCCUUAUAGUAUAAUUAAAUUGUAUAUUCGUCCGCACAGUGACCGUAUUCAUUUGACUAAACAUGUCGAGUCCUUUCUCAAAGUCCUUGCUGACGCUCCAUGUUGAUAUGAACGAGGUUUCAGUGGCUCUUAGACAAACGGUUACGACUUCAACUUUUACACACAAGACCGGUUAGAUCAAGGGAAUAUUCAACUAGCAGUGAGGUUUACACUAUAGCGACUCAGUUGCUUGGAUAGAUGACGCGCAGUUCCAAUUUGCGUAGGAGGGGUGUUUGUGAUAGAUGGGGAUCAUGGCAAGCGAGUUCCAUGGGUAGGUAGCAUCCCAGAGGGAAGCAGCAUCCUCAAUUUGAAUCUCAGUUAAUGUUUUAUAAUGCCCAUCUUGAACAAGGUCCUAUUAUUACCCUAGGCAUGAGGCGUACCAAGAUUUACUCCCCUAUUCAUGUUCCUCAGGCUUCUGCCCAAAGACAUUGGUUCUAUCAAACGUCUCAGUAUUCAGCAGCCAGAGUUGUCGAUACCGGAACUCCGCCCGCUACUGGCAAGGCGAAAGAAGGCGAGAGUAAUACUCACAUGAGAUAGUAUGGCCGGAUCUUGGAGUCUCGGACAGCCUUGCGCAUCUCCAUGACAAACAGCUGCACCUCCUCGUAUUCCCAUUUCAUUAUCUCGCGUAGCAUAAACAAGGCGAAGCCUUCUAAGCUCUCAUCCAUAAAUGCUAGGUUGUAUGUGCCAAUCUUCUUCAUCUUUGGGUCGCUACUCCAGGCACCACAUGGCACUUGGUACGUCUUUUCUACAACGUUGACAAAGCCAGCCUCAACCAUGAACUUGCGCUGGGUGCCGUUCAUGGCUAUGCGCAGUGUCCUGUUGAUCAUGUCUGUUGCCUCCCAGAAUACCUUUGCCCAGCGCUUGAAGAUAUGGUCGGGAUCGUCUCUAACCUCGGGGAUAUCGCUGUACAAGUGGAUAUUGAUCUCCAUAUUCUCAAUCCACCCGCCCGGUUCCAAUGACCGGAACGCCUGGCGAUACAGCUCGCCCCAAUCACUGAUGCUACCGUAGAGGGCGCGUAUAUGUACAAAGUCGAAGCUCUCGGGGCGAUAUGUCCACUCCAGCUGCGCGUCUUCGAUGUGGAACUUGCAGUUUGGAGGCACCCAGGCUGGCUGGAUUGGGCUGAUGUCGGUGCCGGUAAUUUCGGCUGAGGGAUUCGCGUCCGCCAUGUCGAUGGCCCAUAUACCUGUACCAGUGCCUACGUCCAAGACCCUGGAUGGCCGAGUAAUGGGCGCGUCGAAUAACUUGUCGUCCUUGAGCAUAACCAUGAAAUGGUGUGCUAUAUCCAAGCCAUUGUUCUGUCUCUCGUCAUUUGGACCCCAAUAUUCCGUUGUUUUCGAGUUCUGAAACGUUCGGCCAUGGAGGCUCCGGUAGUCGAAGAUGCUUUCCGAGAGGGAGGCCGUCGACGAUGCGAUACUACGUAAUAGUAACAACGCGUUAGAUCCCAUAGAUGCCGACACCAGGGAUCCCAGCUAACCUUCCAUCGUCGUCGUAUGUAGAGUCCUGAUCGUCGGCAUCGUCUUCGUUCUAUUUGGUCGCCCGGGUUAACACAACGAGUCGGCUGGAGUCAAACAGCAGCAAUGAUGACUUCGUACAUAUGGGAUCUGCGUAUUCGUCGGGUGUUGCCCUGCGUCGAUCGGGGGCGGCGCGUCUCGUGGGGAUUUAGGUGACAUCGACGAUCGCGAGGCACCCUGGUCGCUCUUGGGUGACUUGGGGCUGGACAUGAUGGUUCGUAGGCUAGACAGGCUCUGCGACAGGUUGACUAUAGGUGGGUACAGUAACAGCUCGGGCGUUGCAAUAGUGCAUCGUACGGAAUCCGAAUAUCC